GUUUCUGUGGCAUUCAAGCAAGUAUCACAACUGUGUAUUUUUUAUUGCCGAUUAAAUUACAUUUUCUAUCUUCAACGUAGCUUGCUAACACAUGUUGCAUCUAAAAUUAGGUGAAAGAACCUCAACUUGGGUACUAAAGUCUGGUCAAAACGUUGAAGGAAUCAAGUUCCCAUCAUGCGCCACUAGCAUCAAAGGAAGCGACUUCCUGGCAAAAUCAAACAACAACUUUGACAGGAACGAUAUUCUGUUCUGCUCCGUGUCUUCUUCAUUGUGCAAAUUAGCUUGUAAAUAAGCUAUCGACGACUCA